AUGCCCACCCAGGAAACCACCCGCUUCCGCCCUCCGGGCGCCCUGCGAGUGUCUGAGCGACGCCGCAGGCGCCCGGACCCGGCGGGAGGCCGGCGGGGCGGAGGCGGUCACAGCGGGAGCUGCUCGCCGCGCCCUCGGGGGCGGGCCUGCGGCCGGAUAACGGUGCGCGGCGGCCCCGGCUUCUUCCUCCGCCGGCCUCGGUCCGUAACGACCCCGCGGCCGCGCCUGCUACGGGGCAGACGGACCCGGCCCGGGCCCCGCGGCCCCGCGGCCCGCGGCCCGGCGGACGAGCGGCGGUCGCGGCGUUCCGGUGCGCGCGCGCGCUCAGCCAAUCGCGUGCUCGCCCGCCCCCCGCCGCCGCGGCGAGGCUGGCGCCGGGAAGAGGAAGAGGAACAUUCGCCCUCCUCCUCCCAGCGCGCGGGCGGCGGCGGCGGCGGCACCGGGGUCACGAACUCUGACCUUUCACUGACAAAAACAAUAACAAACCCCCUCCCCCGCGACCCCGGCGGCGCCCUGGGGCCCGCCCCGCCGCCCCGCUCCCGCCGCGGCGUCCCGGCCGCCGCCCGCGCCCCGCGAGCCCGCGGCCCCGGGCUCCCGCCCUCCGCCGACGCCCGGCCUCCCCGCGCCCUGCCCUCCGCGCCGGGGGCCGCCCGCCGCAGACACGGGACCUGCUCCGAGGCCGCCUUGGCGCCAACCCCGGAGGUAAGCGGGAAAGAGGGGUCGGGGCGGGCAGGGCCGCGGCCGAGGGGCGGGCCUGCGCGGCCAUGGAGACGCCGGCGGUGAACCCGGCCCUUUUACCUUUGCCACGGGGCGGCGGCGCCCGGCGCUUUGCAUAGUGGGCCGGGCCGCGCCCUCCCCUUCCCGCCCGCGGCCGAGCCAGGCGAGCGGGCUCCCCCUGACCGGCCCGGCCGCGCGCGGGUGGGGGCGGAGGGGAAUGGCCGCGGCCCCGCCUCACGGCUGGCCCUCCGCCAGCGCCGCCAUCUUGUUCUCGCCAGAGACAGAUCCGGCUGGGCCGGACUGCCCUCCCUUGCGUUCUCCGCCUCCCCGAGGUCCCUCCUUCCGUCCCUCCCGGACUCCUCGCCUCUGCGCUCCCCGCCUGCCAUAGACAGCCGCCCCGACCCAACCGCCGUUUUUUUUGAAGGGGAGGGUGGAGGGAAAGGAGGAAGGCGGGUGCGGGCGCGACCUCCUGAGCGACAGCAGAACUAGCCAAUUGGUGCCUGGGUAGGAGGGCCGGGGCGUACGGUGCCGCCCCCGAGAUUGUGCUGAUUGGCUCCGGCCGGAAAGGGCGGUCCCCAGUGCUCUGGAGCCCCAGCGGGGCGGGGGCAGAGGCCGCGACGCGGCGUGAGACCUGGUCGGCGGGGGCGGGGCCGGGGCCGCGGUGGGCGGCUGCUGUCUGCCCGGCACGCGUCGCUUUGGAGCGCGGUGGGACUGUGGCGAUGAAGGUGAUGAAGCGUUUUGCCCCACGGCGCCGUCCCGUGGGACGAGCUCUUCCGAACCUGGACGCCGUUCAGGGCCCCUGCCCGGGCUUUCCGCGCGGCCCUAUGCGAGUCAUGUCUCUGAGGCUCAGUUUCACAGUCUGUGAAGUGGGGACACUAGGAGCCCUUGCCAGGCCGGACCUGCCCUCUCAGGAUGGCUUGCAGGGCUCUACUCAGAAAAUGGAGUCCGGGCUACUCUGCCAGCCUCAAAGUAAUGUGAAAAUGGUGCUACUGUUUUUGUUAGUUUUUUUUUUCUUUUCUUUUUUUUUUCCUCUCGCGGUGCCUGGGAUGGAACCCACGGCCUUGCUCGUGGUGGGCUCCGCCACUGAGUCCCAGCCCCAAAGUGGUGUUAGCUUAAAACUGGAAAACUGGACGGCGAAGGGCUCGAGAGAAGGAAGCUGGGCGGGGGCGGCCGUCCCCGCGCAUCAGACCCAGUGCCCCGGUGCUGGGCUCCAGGCUUCAUCAGAGCCGGGGGACGAAAGCCGCCCGGCGGGUGCAGGGAGGCACAGCUCCGGGAGGGGGACUAGGGCUCCAGUCCCGCGGGGUACGCGGGCGGCGGGGCCCGCCCUCCCGCGGGGAGCUUGACUGAGGUGGCGAGGGGCAGACGAGAAGAUCGGCGGUGCGGAGUACAGGCAGAAACUGGUCGCAAUGCUGGGGUUUUGCCUGCUGCUCUUCAGCUAGUUGGCAUCCAGUGCAAAAGUUCAUUUAGAAGAUAAAGUAUGAAGCCAAAUAGUACUCGUGGAGGUGUAGAGUGCUUUACAGUUCGCAGGACGCUUUCACAGGCGCCCUUGUGCAAGCCCCAGGAGAACCUCCCUGUGUUCCGCUCCCUCUUCUAAAACCUUUCCAGUGCUCGUGCUUAUCGCUCUUCUCCACCUGUGCGCUACACAGCUGGCCCACCAUCUCCCCAGGCCUUUCCCCUGCAGGACAGCCUCCCCGAAAUACUCAAGCUACCUGCCCCUUGCACUCCUACCCCACCCCCAGUCCUGCACAUCUCUGCUCCAGCAUCGUGUAGAUCAGAUUCUGGUUUUAUUCCACGUCCUUGCCCUUGUAGCCUUUAUCUCACUUUGUGAUUAACACUCUAUAAGCAUCAUUUAGCUCACCAUUCUGUGUGUAAUACUUAGCAGAAUGCCUGGCACCAUUUGUGGCAUGCAUGACUUGAUAAUUUAUGUCACUGAUAAGUUGCUGCUCUUAGUUAAUAGGUGCUUUUUCAGGUGCACUUGGUUGGAAAUUGAAAUAGCACUGCCUUCGAUAGAAUGCCUGGAGGGUAUUUGGAUGAGUUUCAGAAGUGGUCUCUGACAGAUAAUGCCACUGCUGGGGAUGUAAAUGUGGUGACAUGACCUAUUGGAAUUCUCGCCCCUGCUUUUAUGCUCACUUGUUCCUUUAUUUUUUAAAAAGCAAGAAAUAAUUUGUUAGUAAAUUGAAUUACUAGUUUAAUUACAUGGAACUAAUAAGCUCAUAUGUGAAGAAAUAGCCAAAAUAUAAUAGUGUCAUUUACUUUAUCUGAAGAAACAAAGUCCCAAGCUGACAUGAUUUUCUUUAUCUCUCUAUCACAGAGGCUCAGAGAGCAGGGAAGAGACCUGAAGUGGGUGUGCAGGGAGUUGGAGUUGCAAGUCUCUGUUCUCUAAUGAUCUUGCUUCACCAUGGCUACAAUUAUGGAGGGGCUGGUGCAGCACACAGUGGGGACCCAGCAGGUGGCUGAGUCCCAAGGAAGUCAGCAUGUGGUCUAAAUCCAAAGCAGGAUACUGACAUAGAAGAAGAAAUAAAAAUGACAAGAACAUCGCUCAUUUCAUUUCUUUGCAUGAAUAGGAUGGCUACAUACAAUAAGGUGACUUAAUUUUUACCUUGAGCCAAAAACUAAUUGAAUCUGAUUCUUGUUGUGUGAGUACUGUGAACUGUAAGGCUCUGUCUUAGUUCUACACACUUGAUCCUUUGUUAAUCCUGUAGUAAAAUAGAAGGCCAGAUUAAUCUGUGCACUCAGCAGUUGUCUUAAGUGCUGAGAAAUAUGGAGGCGAAUGUGUCAGGGGGUCUUUCCUUUAGUAAUCACAAGACCUGAUUAAAGAGUGAUUAUACACGGGUUGAGAAAUGCAGUUGCAUAUGAGGUAGAUGAUCCUGGAGGAGGGUCUUGAAUGACAAGUAAGCAUUUGUCACACAGACCCUGGUAAGUGGGGUGGGGAAUUUUGUGGUAGAUUCUGGGGAGAGCAGCCUGAGUCAGAACAUAUGUAAUGGGGUGAGGCAUUAAGUAGCUUAAAUGUGCAGGCAACUUGAGGUACAGAGGCAGUCAGGGCCAGAUCUUGAAAAGCACAGUUAAUCUGCCAUCACUAAUAAACUGAAUAUUCAAUUCAUUCUGUACCAGGUCUUAAUCCUCAUAAUAACCUUUGAGGUUGGCACUGUCACUGCCAUUUUAUAGAUGAGAAAACCAAGACUCAAAAAUGUAAGUUAAUUGGCCAAGGGGACACUGUAGAAGAACUGAGAUUCUCACCCAGGUCUUUCUGUCUUUUUCCAGAGUCCUUUCAGUUACCCAUGGUCCUACUGGUACCACCUGAAGAGAUUAGAUUUGCAUUUUUGAAUCAUAUAUAUAAGGCAAAGAAAGUUAGUAAAGAAUGGACAUUCUAAGAGAGAAUUCUUUUAAACAAAAAAGUAAAUAUAAGGGCCGGGUGAAACUAAAUACAGAGGUCAGGCAUGGUGAUGGACAUCUAUAAUCCCAGCUACCUGGGAGGCAGAAAUCAGGAGACUCAAUUCAAGGCCAGCCUGGGCAAAAGGUUAACAAGACCUCACUCAACAAGCAAGCCAGCGAUGGUGUGGUGGUACAUGCCUGUAAUUCAAGCUGUGCAGAAGGCAUAGGUAGGAGGAUCAAAGUCUGAGGCCAGCUCAGGGCUAAAACAAUAUGCUGGUAAGUUCAGUUUGCUAGUGAUUUGUUGAGGAUUUUUAAAGCAUCAGUGUUUGUAAAGUGAUGUGAGUCUGAAAGUCUUCUCAUGUCUUUGGUUUUGGGGUGGGGAUGAUGCUGGCCUUAUAAAAUGAGUUUAGACUUGUCAAAGUUGGAUAGGGGUUGGUGGUAUUUCCUCUUUAAAUGAUUGUUAGAAUUCACCAACAAAGCCAUUUGGUCUAACACUUCUGUUUGUUGGAAGGUUGUGAUUCCUUAUUCUGUCUCCUUAACAGGGAUAGAUCUAUUCAGGAUUUCUAUUUCUUCAUGGUUCCGUCUUGGUAGAUUGUGUGUCUUUAAGAAUUUGUCCGUUCUAGGUUAUCUAGUUUGUUUGGUGUGCAGUUGUUCAUACUGCUCAAAGGCCUUUUUAUUUCUGUAAAAUCUAUUAUACCCCCACUUUUAUUUUUGCUGAGACAUUUUCUUUUGACUUACUAUGUGGACAAAGAAACAGUAGCAUUUUAGUCCUCUGUACUGUUGCAUCUCUUCCCUCCAUUCUGCCAGUAAAAUUAUAUCCGUCCUCUUUCCAUAAAUCAGUGUUCUGUGUUAUGUAAUUAUGAUACUAUCACAUACACUCCUGUUGUCUCAAUAUAGUUGUAAAGCUCUCUAAAUACUGUUUUCCAUUCCGGUACAUAUGAGGAAAUUCCAGCUUCCUUUCCUUUCUGUACGAACAUUCCUUCUGCAGUCUCUGACUUCCUACUCUCAUUUAUCCUUCCAGGUUGUGUUUUGGCUGUCUUUAUUUACAUACAGAAAUCAAAAGGAAAAUCAUUUUCUUCAGAAUUUCAAAGGCACAGUUUUAUUGUUUUCCAGUUUUGAGUAUUGCUUUCAAAAAGGUCAAUGUCAUUUUCUUUCUUGUUCCUUACUUAUUUACUCAUUUAUUCAUUUAUUAUUAUUAUUACUUUGGAGGUGGUCUUAACUCCUGGGCACAAGUGAUCCUCCUGCCUUAGCUUCUCCAGAUCCCCUCCCUCUGUGGUGCUUGGGGUAGAACCCAGGGCCUGAGCUAUAUCCCCAUCCCAGCCCUUUUUUUUUUUUUUUUGAGACAGGAUC